AUGGCUUCGUUAACUCCAACCCAUCUCUCGAAACCCUUAAACCCUUGUAAUACCCUCCUCCCCGUUCAAUUCCCGGCUUCUCUGUCUACUUUCGUCCGUCGGAGAAUAUCAACGGAAGCUAAAUUAAGCUCCAAAUUCAAUUUUUUUCCUUCACGAAGAAAUGGAUUGAGAGAAGCUGAAAGAGAACGAAUUAGCAACUUGGAAGAGCUGGAGAGAAAGGCGAAUGUACAAUUAGAAAGGCAGCUUGUCAUGGCUUCAGAUUGGAGUAGAACAUUGCUAACGAUGCGUGGGAAGUUAAAGGGAACAGAGUGGGAUCCUGAAACCUCUCACCGGAUCAAUUUUAGCGAUUUUAUGAAACUGUUAGAUUCCAACAGUGUUCAGUACAUGGAGUACUCAAAUUACGGACAGACAAUAUCAGUGAUAUUGCCUUAUUAUAAAGAUGGGGAGCCCCAAGGAGAAGAAGAAGAGUCGAAAAAGGAGAUCAUUUUCCGUAGGCACAUUGUGGACCGAAUGCCAAUUGAUGGUUGGAAUGAUGUUUGGAAGAAGCUGCAUCAGCAAAUAGUCAACGUAGAAGUUUAUAACGUAGAUGUGGUUCCAGCUGAAGUCUACACUACAGUUGCCACUUUCGUGGUUUGGUCUAUGAGGCUUGCUCUGUUUGUUUCGCUUUAUGUUUGGAUCGACAGUGUUAUGAGGCCAAUCUAUGCCAAGCUAAUCCCUUGUGAUCUCGGAACCCCUACCAAAAAGAUUAGAACACCUCUCAAGCGCCAAGCACUUGGAUCCCUAGGCAAGAGUAGGGCAAAAUUUAUAUCAGCAGAGGAGAAAACUGGUGUAACUUUUGAUGAUUUCGCUGGACAGGAGUAUAUAAAGAGGGAAUUACAAGAGAUUGUGCGAAUUUUAAAGAAUGAUGAGGAGUUUCAGAAUAAAGGCAUCUAUUGUCCAAAAGGUGUUCUUCUUCAUGGACCUCCCGGGACGGGGAAAACUCUGUUGGCUAAAGCUAUUGCUGGAGAAGCUGGUUUACCUUUCUUUGCGGCAAGUGGAACAGAUUUUGUUGAGAUGUUUGUAGGAGUGGCUGCAUCACGUGUAAAAGAUCUUUUUGCUAGCUCUAGGUCAUUCGCACCUUCUAUAAUCUUUAUAGAUGAGAUUGAUGCCAUUGGAAGUAAGCGAGGUGGUCCAGAUAUUGGCGGGGGAGGAGCAGAGAGAGAACAAGGGUUGCUUCAGAUAUUGACUGAGAUGGAUGGAUUUAAAGUUAAUACAUCACAGGUAUUAGUCAUAGGUGCAACAAAUAGGUUAGAUAUACUUGAUCCUGCUCUUCUGAGGAAAGGGCGUUUCGACAAAAUUAUAAGAGUUGGUUUGCCUUCAAAAGACGGUAGAUUGGCGAUAUUGAAGGUCCAUGCUAGAAACAAAUAUUUCCGAUCCGAAGAUGAGAAGGAGGAGUUGCUGCAAGAAGUAGCUGAGAACACGGAAGAUUUUACUGGAGCAGAACUGCAAAACGUUCUAAAUGAAGCUGGAAUCUUGACUGCAAGAAAAGACUUAGACUUCAUUGGAAGAGAAGAACUCCUAGAGGCGCUUAAGAGGCAAAAAGGAACAUUCGAGACGGGACAAGAAGAUAGUUCUGAAGUUCCAGAGGAAUUGAAGUUGAGACUGGCUUACCGUGAAGCAUCUGUUGCUGUUCUUGCUUGUUAUCUUCCAGAUCAGUACCGUCCAAUCAGUGAGACUGACAUAAAUUCGAUCCAAAGCCAACCAAAUAUGCGAUACGUAGAAACUUCAGGAAGAGUUUUUGCGAGAAAGUCAGACUAUGUGAACUCGAUAAUCCGCGCAUGUGCUCCGAGGGUAGUUGAAGAGGAGAUGUUUGGGAUUGAAAACAUGUGUUGGAUCUCUGCUAAGUCGACUUUAGAAGCUUCGCAGCGUGCGGAGUUUCUGAUUCUUCAGACUGGAAUGACUGCUUUUGGAAAAGCUUAUUACCGAAACCAAAGAGACCUCGUUCCUAACCUUAUUCCGAAACUUGAGGCAUUACGCGAUGAGUAUAUGAGGUUUGCUGUUGAGAAAUGCUCAUCAAUCUUACAAGAAUAUCAAUCAGCUCUUGAAGAAAUCACAGAUGUGCUUCUUGAGAAGGGAGAAAUCAAAGCCGAUGAAAUUUGGAACAUUUACAACACAGCUCCAAGGAUUCCUCAAAAACCGGUGAGACCUGUUGAUGAAUAUGGAGCUUUAAUCUAUGCGGGGAGAUGGGGAAUCCACGGUGUAUCGCUUCCCGGGAGAGUAACGUUUUCUCCAGGAAACAUCGGUUUCGCAACAUUUGGUGCUCCUCGUCCCAUGGAGACGCAAAUCAUCAGCGAUGACACAUGGAAGCUAGUCGAUGAGAUUUGGGAUAAAAAGGUUAAAGAGAUUAAAACAGAAGCUGUAAUUCAAGUUGAAGAAGAGAAGAAGAAACCUCAAAUUUUGAUGGCAACCCAUUUCUUUUAAAAAUUAAAAUAAUCAUUUGUUAAGUCUCUCAUAUCUUUUUUUCAGUUUCGCAAAACAAACAUCAUAUGUACACAAUAACACCAUUUAGGAUUGGUGGCUUUUUCGUAUCUUAAAGUGUAUUAUUUUAUUCUACAAGACAAAUAGAUUUCUUCAAAAAUGUUAGUGGAAACCACUAGUUUUUUUAUUAUAAAAACUGAACACUUUUUUGCUA